AUGUGGGCAAUUAUCGAGAUCAUACAGAUUCUAGCUGGGAAGAAAAGCGCCUUAAGGGGCAACUAUAUCAGUGAACUUGGUAUGGAGGACGGAUUUUUUCAGACCAUGUUCAUCUUUGCCAUCAGCAGAGAUAAGAAACUGGAAGAAAUUCAUCGCUUAAUUCCACGCAACGCAAAGUAUACGUCACCUGAAAUCCAUAAUCAAAUUCUCGGUCUACUCGCGAAAACUAUCCAGCAAAGAAGCCGAAAUGAAGUUGGUGAUAAGAAGUACGCAAUAAAGGUGGAUGAAACUCGUGAUAAGUGCAACCGUGAAAAUAUGUGCUUAUGUGUGAGGUACUUACAAGACGGAAAUAUUGUUGAACAUCUACUUGCUGUUAUUCCAGUUUCUAGUUUUGACGCACAUUCCUUGACUGACUCCAUCAUAGCAAUACUUCAAGAGCAUAGCUUCAGUGCACUGCCUAAACCACCAGCUACACCUUGUAGUUGUGCGUGCGAUUUCGUGGACGCCUUUUUUGGCACUUGCAACAUAUUGUACAACUUCAUACGUAAGCCAACUGUGCCUGUUCACUACACUGGGCAAGUACUGAAACGACUGUUGGAACACCGGUGGACUGGCCACCUAGCUACUGUGAAAGUCAUCACUGGAUCAUAUAAAGCUAUCUUGACGAUUCUGUCAGACAUUGCCACAAAUGAGAAUAGCACAUUCUUACCUGAAUUAGUGGCGGAAGCAAUCGGAUUGUUGAAGCUGAUCAAAAAGAAACCCUUUCUGUUCCAUGCUGUAGCUGUCCACAAAGCAUUGAGUAUAUUAGCAUCUGUCAACAUUCAUCUACAAUCAGUCAGUAUCAAUCUGAUGCAGGCUUUGAUGCUGAUAUCAUCUUCGCGAGCAUCCAUUGCUUUGUUGAGACUCGAUGAAACAUUUACCACUUUGCUGGAUGAAGUUAAGCUGAUUCUGCAAAAUACUGCAGGUGAUGAUAACAGUGUAACAGUACAAGACCAUCAACCUGCAGAAAAUAGAAGACGCCGUGAAAACUCUGGUUUCAAAGACUACACUGUUGACCAUCUGUACAGAGAUAAUACCAAUUUGUCAGAAAAUGAUAACCUCAAACGAUCGUGGUUCUGUCUAAUUGACAGUAUCCUGGUUGAGCUUGAUGAACGUUUCUCUGAGAAAAAUUCACAUCUUAUUCGUGCCAUGGAGUCACUAGAUCCUGAAUCAGAACAUUUCUUUGACAAGGACCGAAUGGUAUUUCUCGCAGACUUGAUCGGCCUUGAAAUGGACAGCUUUGUUUUGGCUCCAACUGAUGUUGUCAAAAAAUACAUCAGUGACCACUGGAGGAAAUACGACAAACAUAACCUGGUGUCUGUUUUGCAACAGCUUUUCCAUUUGAAAUCGAAGCGCUUUCCAGCCAUUACAGAACUGUAUGAGGCAGCAUUAACAAUUGGAUCCUCAACUGCAACAUGUAAAAGAGUGCUUACAGACCUCCGUCAGUCGAUGUCUCAUGAAAGACUGGCGAACUUGAUCCUCAUCAGGUUUGAGAAGUGCAUCCUUGAUGAUAUAUGUCAGAGUAUUGAUGGGAAGUAUAAUAUCUUGAGAGACUUCAAUUCUAUUCAAAAUAGACGAUUAAAGUUGCUUUAA